AUGAUAUUCGCUGCUCUUAAUGUGAAUGCUGUUAAGCAUUGGCACAUUUCUUCUCUUCAGGCAAAAAAGUGUUUACUACAGAACGUUAUUUUCUUAAUUUUUCUCCAUUCAUAUCUUUCUAUCUAUUCCUCUCCAUUCCAAUUUGCUCCCUCCCUCCCCCCUCUGUCUCUCUCUCUCUCUCUCUCUCUCUAUCUUCACUUUUCUAUCUUUCUGGCCUUUUUUUCUAUUGUUUUCUCUUUUGGUUUUCUAACCUUUUCUUUUCUUUCACUGUCAUUUUCUCUUCUUAUUAUUUCUCAUUCCACACUUUAUUCUUUUUCUUCUUCCCUCUUUUUUUUUAUCCCUUUCUUUUUAUUCUUCUUACCCCACAUUAAUCCUCUUUCUUCUUGUCCUUCUUAUCACCUUUUGCCCUUCUUAACCUUCUGCCUCUCCUUUCAUCUUUUUCACAAUUUUUCUUACUUUAUUUUCUCUUCUUUAUUGCUCUCUAUUCUCCUUUUCAUUUGUGACUUUUUCUUUUACAUUUUACUUUCCUCUUUCUCUCUCUCUCUUCCCCCAUCUCUCUCUCUCUCACACACACACACACACACACACAUAUGCACAAAUACUCUUUUUCUUUCCCUUUCUUUACAUGAUUCAUUUUUCUCUUCCAAGUUCCCUAUUUUUUUUCUCUACACUUUUCCUUACUUCUUUUUUCUUUUCUUUGGUAAUCAUUUAAUUUGUUCUUCAUUAGACUAUCAUAUCUUUUAUUUUUUUUCUUUCUUUUACUUCAUUUUUAUUAAUAUUUUACUUUUUCCAUCCCAUUAUCAAUCUCUACCCUUUUUGCUGCUCCUUUUCAUUCUUUUGCUUUUCUCAUUCUUUUCAUUUUCCAUUCUUUUAGGGGUUUUUUGUUCUUUUUGGUUUUGUCAUUCUUUUCUUUCUCCAUCUUUUUCUCUUUUCAUUCUUUAUAUUUAUUCAAUUAUUUCUCUUAUCGUUCUCCAUUUUUACUUUCCUUUCUUCUUUCCUUUCUUUCUUUUUUAA